AUCCAGGAGCAACUGCAGAAAAGCCAUGGCAGGGCUGGCAUCGCAGGGAUGGAGGAUGCAGGAUGCAGGCAGGGCCUCCCUGGGGUACCGCUAUGUCCCAUCACACGUCACCCCCCCUCUUUGGGGCCCUCCUGUCCCUUGGGCCAUGAGGGAUGCUGCGGUAACCCCAUUUCGGCAGCUCGGCCGCUGGGUACCAGGACGCUGCCUCCAUCCUGGUCGCUCACAUUCAUCGGAGCCAAAUCCCCCGGGAGCAGCGGGGGGGGGGAGAAGGACGCUCCCAUUAUCCGGCUCCUGCCGUGUCGGAGGCAGCUGGACCAGCCGUGCAUUAAUAGAUUACACAGAGGAUCCGGCAGCGUCGGGAGCAGAGCGGGCAAGGCCGGGGCUGUGCCGAGCCGGCAGGGACGGACACGGCCCCCGCUGCCCACUGACACCUUCUCCAGCACAGCCCCACAGAGCUCCCGGGUGCCGCUAUGGAUGAGUGGGACCUUCCGCAGUGGAAGAAGGAGGUGGAGAGCCUCAAGUACCAGCUGGCCUACAAGCGGGAGAUGUCCUCCAAGACAAUACCCGAGUUCGUGAAGUGGAUUGAGGACGGCAUUCCCGAAGACCCCUUCUUGAACCCGGAGCUGAUGAAAAACAACCCCUGGGUGGAGAAGGGCAAAUGCAGCAUCCUCUGAGGGACCCUCCCCUGAACCCCCCGUUAUCCCCUCGCUGAAUGUACUUUUAUAUUAGCUAGCUUCCUAAUAUGACAACCUGAACCAAAACCCAACCCUCAGUUUUGUCUUCUUAUUUUUAGUAGUAGAAGCGUUGCUAUUUUAUACAGGGGGGGACAGGGACAGCACAAGGGGGUGGGCAGAGUGGUGGGGCAGAGCAGUAGAGGUAUCUCCAGGCUUAGGCUGCAGUUCCAGCCCUUAGAUCUCCCCUCUGUCCCUGCUGCUGUUUUUCAGCUUGGAAAGGAAGAGAACUUCUUUUAUAAAGCAUAUUCAGGGAUUUUAAAUACUCUUUUGUACAUUGCAGGGUCUCCUUUUUGCAGCCAACCAGGCAAAACACAGCAACGAAGGGUUUAUAAAUGAAAUAAACAGAACAAGACUCCAUGGUUA